CUCACUCGCUCCCUCCCCUCCCCCAGACGCAAACAGAGCAGCCACGAGGUGACGAAGCCAAGAAACGCCGGCGAUCGGCGGUCGAGAGUUCGAUAUGGACAUCCUGGAGCAGCCCCUCGAGGCCGUCGCCUUCCGCAUCCACUCCCUCCCCGAGGCCGCCGCGGCGGGCGCCGCGGCGUGGACCUGCCUCGCCGCCGUCCUCGCCGCGGCUGCGGCCGCCGGCGUAUGGCGCCUGCGCUCCUCCACGGCGCCGUCCGCUGUGAUCUCGGAUGAUGUGUCCAAGCCUUUCGUGGAGCUAGAUACUUCCCCGUCGAUGAUGGUGUCUUCGGAGACGGAGAGAUCGCUAGGGAGAUCGUCUGAGGCGACGAUGUCGACGUCGCUGCCGGCGCUGUCGCCGAGGGAGCGGUACACGGCGUACUACCACGACACCGGCUGCGUCGGAUGCUGCGACGUGGAGAGCGACGAGGAGGAGGAGGAGGAGGAGGAGGAUCGGGAUCCGGAAGAUGACUACGGCGUGUACGGGCCGCCCGAGCAGGCGGAUCCUUUCGAAUGGGAGGUGGUGAGGCCUCUGCUGCCUCUCAUGCCGGCGACGGCUGCUGAGACUGGCCGGUACCUGAGCCCAAGGGCGCUCAGCGGCAGCGUGGUGCGGCUGUGGGAUCAAGGCGCCGAUAGGAGCUUCGUGGCCGCGGCUGCGGCGAGCCGGAGACGGAGCGGUAGAGCUGGCACCGUCUCGAGCUUCUGAUCACUAGAGACGACUGUAGCGCCAUCGCCCUCGAUUUUAGAUGAUGAAACUGGCAAUAAAUUGUAAUCUUUUAGGUGGAAGCAAAAUGUUUCCGUAGCUUAAUUAUAGAUAGCCGAUGUACUGUGCACAUACAAUGUUUUGAUCCAAUCAGUUAUUGCUUGCAA